GGGACCUUCAAACUGUAAAUCCCCAAUAUCUCUGGUUCAAGACUCGAAUGCGAUUUCAAUUUUCCCCCCAGGUAUCGACAACUAUUUUAUUGCUUGUCACUUUAAUAUCCAAUCCUACCUGGAGAUACUAUCCGCAUAUUUGGUGAGAAUAUCAAUUUAUGGCUUCCAUGUCAUUUCCCAUCUCUGAAAUGGGGGGUGUAAACCAUGUUGCUUGGGUAAAGGGGAAGGGGAAAUUGCCAGCCUUGCUGAGGGCUGUAAUGUGGCAACAAAAGUCAGGACGACCAGCGCGGCAACCAAGUCGCAGCCUUAUUGGACCAAGUUGACUUACGAUUUCUGAUCCCAGGAGUUUCCAAGGUCCGUUAGUCGCCCGGAGACCUGGGAUGCCUUCCUGCUGGGCUUAUCGGGAUGAUGGUGAUGAUGUAACUCA